AUGGGGAAGAAGUGGAUUCUAGUUGCAACAGAAAGCGUCACCAAGUGGGUGGAGGCUUUCGCUGUCAGGGAAGCAAAUGCUGAAGCAGUAGUGAGAUUUAUCAAAGAAAAUAUAAUAUGCAGGUUCGGGCUGCCAAGUGUUCUAGUGUUCGAUAAUGGAACCCACUUUGUUAACCAAAGAGUGUGGGGUGUUCUUGAACAAUACCAAAUCAAACAUCACAAGUCUUCCCCCUACUACCCGCAAGGCAAUGGCCAGGUAGAGGCUACUAACAAGAGCUUUUUGAAAAUACUCACAAAGAUGGUGACCGAUGCUCAUAAAGAUUGGAGUGAAUACCUACCACUUGCUCUUUGGGCUUAUAGAACAACCGGAUAUGGAACAACCGGAGUAACACCCUUCUCGUUGGUUUAUGGGGUUGAAGCUGUACUGCCAACAGAGAUUGAAGUGCCCACCGCCAGGAUGUUGUUAGACGAGGCAAGGGAUCGUGAAGCUGAGUUGCAAGAAUUGGAAGAAAAAAGAGAAGUUGUGGGAAGCAAGAUGGAAGAAUACCACCGGAGACUAGCGUUAGCUUACGACAAGCAUGUUCAGCCCAGGGUGUUCCUAGAGGGUGAUCUGGUGCUAAAAUCAGUAGACGCAGUAAUGAGGAAGAUGUCUUUGCCAAAAAUGGGCUCCCAAAUGGGAGGGUCCUUACAUUGUUUCUGA